UUUGCAUUAUACCAGUCGCAAAUAUUGAGGUAAAUCAACAAAAUAAAGCCCACUUUACUAUCUUGAACUCAGUGCCGUGCCAACCGUGGUGGAACGCGAAUGUUGCUGCGGAGCCUGACGCUGCUGCAGACAUUCACCUGUGCUCAACGUGUCGCAGCUUUAUCAACCCAACCACCCCCAUCGGCGAUGACGAGCGUCCAUUCGGCCGGUAUUGCCGAGGUGCACGAGAUGCCCAUGUCGGCCAUUGUGCGGCCCAUUCCGUCCGAGCUGGACAACGCCAAGGUGGAGUCGCUGAUGGCGACGAUUCAGGACCCCAAACAGGCCAAUAAUGUCCCCCCGAUCGACGUGCUCUGGAUCGAGGGCACCGAGGGCGGCAACUAUUUCUACAGUUUCGGGGGCUGUCAUCGGUUUGAGGCCAACCGCCGGCUCGGCCGCCCAACCAUCACGGCCAAGCUGGUCAAGUCGUCGCUGGCGGACCUGCAGCACUAUCUGGGCGGAAGUUGCCCCAAGUCGUUGAAGUGAAUUUAAAUUUAUAUUUUUCGUUGUCAGUAAUUGUUAAGGAAAUCGUUGAACUUGUUGGAACGCGCUUAUUUAUGAGUAAAAAUAUAAAUGUAUUUUUUUGUUUCUAUAUUUACAAAAUA